AUGUCCUGGCAGCCUUCGGAACAGGGGCUUCAGGAAGUCUUGGGAAUGUUGAGGGAUACCAGUAGUACGGAUAGUGAGGUGCAGAGGAAUGUCGCGCAGCGUCUGGAUCAAUUACGUUUCGUACCGGAUUUCCUCGCUUAUCUCGCUCAUGUCCUCAUUCACUGUACCGGCGAACAAGAUUCACAUCGAGCAGUGGCAGGAUUGCUGCUGAAGAACGCCGUCAAUCAACGAACAGGCCCGGCUGCCAAUGAUAACGAUGCGAGAGCUAUGGCCUAUGUGAAAUCAACUGUAUUGAAUGGUCUAGCGGAUCCAGAUCAAAUUGUCAGACAGACUGUCGGUACCGUCAUUACAAGUUUGAUAUCGAAUGAGGAACCUGGUGGAUGGCCAGAAGCUUUAGAUGCGUUGACUAAAGGUAUGGCUAGUAGUGAUCCGAACAUCAUCGAGGGAUCUUUCAACUCCUUGCAAAAGAUCUGUGAAGAUGCCCCCCACAAAUUAGAUUUCCAAAUCCAAGGUAAAAACUUGUUAGAUCACUUGGUCCCCCAGUUCAUCGAAUAUACCGCUCAUGGAGCACCCAAAAUCCGAUUAUACGCCUUACAAAUCCUUCAAUCCCUUCUUGCUAUCAGAGUAUCAGCCGUCACAGCCAACAUCGAUACUUAUAUCCAAGCGUUAUUCGCCAAGGCUGCAGAUGAAUCAGCUGACAUUCGAAAAUGUGUCUGUGCGUCUUUGGGUUUGAUCUUGGGUACAAGGCCCGAUAAGUUAGUACCGGAGAUGAGCAAUGUGGUGGACUAUAUUGCUUUCUGUACUCAAGAUGAGGAUGAUACGGUAGCCUUGGAAGCUUGUGAAUUCUGGUUGACAUUUGCGGAAGAUUCAACUUUGAAAGAUCAACUUCGACCCUAUCUACCUAAAAUCGCUCCAUUGCUUUUGAAAGGGAUGGUUUAUUCCGAUUGGGAUAUCGCUAUUUUAGAUAUCGAUGAUGUGGAUGAAGGUGUAGCAGACAAAGAAACUGAUAUCAAACCUAGAAACUAUUCAUCAAAAGUACAUUCCACCCAUGACACCAACGAUCCCUCUUCAUCGAAAUCUGCUGGUGGAGGUUUAUCGAGAGAAGCUCAAGAUAAAGCUUUCGACGAGAAUGAAGAUAAUCUAGAUGACGAGGAUGAAGAUGAUGAUGACUAUUUCGAUGAUGAGGAUGGGUCGGGUGAAUGGAAUAUCAGAAAGUGUUCUGCUGCCGCUUUGGACGUUAUCGCCGUUUCCUUCGGAAAUGAUUUACUGGAGAUUCUAUUACCUUAUCUCAGAGAUAGAAUUUUCGAUCAAGAAUGGACACAAAGAGAAAGUGGUAUUUUAGCAUUGGGUGCUAUUGCGGAGGGUUGUAUCGACGGUCUCGAGCCCCAUUUACCUCAACUCAUCCCCUUCCUUCUCAAGACCCUCCAGGAUAAGAAGGCUCUCGUUCGAUCGAUCACCUGCUGGACACUCGGUCGAUAUGCCAGUUGGUGCGUUCACGUCAACAAGGAAGACAAGACUGAGUACUUCAUUCCUACAAUGGAAGGUCUCCUUCAAAUGGUAUUAGACGGUAACAAACGAGUCCAAGAAGCUGGAUGCUCUGCCUUUGCCACUCUGGAGGAAGAAGCUGGACCAGAGAUGGCGCCAUACCUCGAACCAAUCUUACGAAAUCUCACAUUCGCUUUCUCAAAGUAUCAGCAGAAGAACUUGCUCAUCCUCUACGAUGCUAUUGGUACUCUUGCCGAUUCUGUCGGAUCCGCAUUGGGUGCUCCGGGUUACUUGGAUAUACUCAUGCCUCCUCUGGUUGAGAGAUGGCAAAGACUUGGUGAUCAGGACCCUGAUCUCGUACCAUUGCUUGAGUGUCUAUCAUCAAUCUCGAUCGCCGCCGGAGGGUCCUUCUCAACCUACACCGGACCAGUCUACCAACGAUGUCUUAAUAUCAUCCACGCUACCCUCACCCAAUAUCAGUCUUUCGAGCAGAACCCCGAGGAGGUUGAUGAACCAGAUAGGACUUUCAUCGUUGUCGCUCUUGAUCUGUUAUCUGGUCUGGUACAAGGUUUAGGUGAACAGAUGCACCAACUCAUAAGAGAUAGUCAACCUCCAUUACUUCAUUUACUCGCGCUCUGUUUGACCCACUUCGAACCACCUGUCCGACAAUCCGCUCACGCCCUCCUAGGAGACAUGUCGAUGACAUGUUUCCCUUUACUUAAACCGGUCAUCCCCCAGAUCUUACCCAGUGUGAUUGAACAGAUCGUCGUCGAACCCCCAGCAGACUGUGUAUCAGUUUGCAACAACGCUGCGUGGGCCGUCGGAGAAAUCGCUUUGCAAUUCAAUGGCGAUUCCGCCAUCCUCGAACCAUACGUGCCAGCAUUGAUCCAGCGUUUAGUCCCGAUAUUAUUACAUAGCAAAUCACCCAAAUCCUUAACUGAGAACGCGGCCGUGACGAUCGGUAGAUUAGGUUUGGUUUGUCCUGCAUUGGUAGCCCCCGAUUUGGCCAAUUUUGCUCAAGCUUGGUGUACUGCCCUGUGGGAGAUCAAAGAUAAUGAUGAGAAAGAUUCUGCAUUUAGAGGAUUCUGUAUGUUAAUUAGUGCCAAUCCCGAAGGUAUACAAAAUAGCUUCAUCUUCUUCUGCAAUGCCGUCUGCAAAUGGCAACAUCCAUCCAGUCAGCUGGAUCAGAUGUUCAGAACUAUCCUACAAGGCUUCAAAUCAGGAUUGGGAGCCAACUGGGACGCUCAAACCAGUACAUUCCCACCCGUUAUCAAGGCACGUUUGGCCGAGCGAUACGGAGUAUAA